AUGACCACGACCGAAUCCAAGACAGCCUCUCUAGCCGAACUCAACCGCGUCUUCUGGGAUGCAAACGCGGACAUCUUUCUGAAGCAUGGCUGGAUCAAGGUGUUCUCAGAGCAACUCACUCGCUUCCUCCGCGCCCAGGCCCCGAACCUAGGUCUCCGUCCCCGAGAUACAGACCCAUCGUCGAACCCCGUCCGGCUAUUGGACUACGCUUGCGCCUCGGGCGGUGCUUCAUGGGCCUUCAGCCCCUUUGUCGACUCCAUCCUCGGCAUCGACAUCGCGCCCGCCAUGGUGCAACGCUACAACGACUGCGCCGCGCGACUGGGAUACUCUCCAUCACAAGCCCACGCGGUCUGA